GACAUAAUUUACUGUCUUUAAUAUUUUGGCGUUUCCUGGUUAGACAGGCAAAAUCAGGUUGGGUCAUUAUAGUAAACUGGAUUCUUUUGGCUAAUUUGGCCGCGGCUUUGUUAAUUAUAUGUGUGUCUUUGUAUUAUUUUUUUUAAAUCGUGAUGGGAAAUAGCGUUGGAUAAAUGCAGAUGUAAGCGCAUCUGGACAGCCGCUUCCUAAUCUCAGUCUCUAUAAUCUGUUCCUACUCAUUCCCCAUGAGGCAGUGCAAGAAAGUCACGUGUCAUUUUUGACCAAUCGUGUCACUCUCCCACAUCCUACGGAAUUAACGUCCAAGAAGCCAGCAUCAGAUUGUUGUAUGUAUGACCUGUAAGCUCUACAAAGAGGUCAGUUGAGCCAAAUCUGUCAGAGAAUGAAGAAAUUGUGGCUCAAAUUUAAUCCAAUUCAAUUUCAUAUAAAGAGCACCGAAUCACAGCAUCUUUGCGUAGUCAGAUCAAGGUCUUAUAAUAUUGUAGUACAGAGAGAAACCCAACUAAUCCUACCAUUCUGUUUGAACAAGCAUUUGGCCUCAGUGAAAAGGGAAAAAAGCCCCCUUUCGACAGGAUGAACCUCCCCCAGAACCAGGCUCAGAGAGGGCUGCCAUCUGCCUUGACUGGUUGGGGUUAGGGGAGGAUGGAAGAGAAAUGGAUAGCGGUGAGAAACAGGCAGAUAGCAAACAAAAGGAGAACACACUGGGCAGGAUGGUGGAGCCAGUAACAGCAGGUCAGAAAUAUGCAGCGCUGGAGCCAGAGAUACCUGCAGAGAGGAACAAAAACAGACCCACUGUGUGAGAGAGAAGACACAACGUUAACGACAUGCAACGGUGGCCUAUGAAUGCACGGAGACAGGAAGAGAGGAGAGUAGAGGGGAAGCGCUCUUUGCAUUAUGGAAAGUCCUUCAGUGAUAAUAGUUUGACUAGCUGAGGGAUGGGUCAAGGUGACCUGAGCAGCCAUAGCAAAAAGCUUCAUCAAGAAAGGGAAGUUUAAAGCCUUAUCUUGAAGGCAGAGUAGUGACUUUUGCGUGACAGAGGAUCUUUAAAACACACACGAGAAACCAUACUGGUGGAUAUAUCCAGCUGAAAUCAAAGCAGCCAACUUGACAGCCAGGCAACUAAUGACGAGUGGAUUUAUUGAGUAACCGGAUAAUCAUGGGAGUGGAUGUCCCUGGACUGGUGGCCGUGGUGGUUUUUUAUGUUUUCAUCCUGGUAAUUGGAAUCUGGGGCUCCAAGAAAUCCAAGAAAGUGGAGAAGACAUGUGCCGACAGCAAGAGCGAAGUCACCAUCGUUGGUGGCCGCAACAUCAAUGCCCUGGUCGGGGUUUUUACCAUGACAGCAACUUGGGUUGGAGGGGGUUAUAUCAUGGGAACCGCUGAGGCUGUUUAUACUCCUACUCAAGGUCUCAUCUGGGCCAUUGGUCCUCCUGCAUAUGUUAUCAAUUUGUUUUUGGGAGGAUUGUUUUUUGCCAAACCCAUGAGGUCGAAGCGUUACGUGACCAUGCUGGACCCGUUUCAGAAUCGCUAUGGCAACGUGUUCACUGCAACACUCCUGCUUCCUGCUUUAGUCAGUGAUAUUUUGUGGGUCGCCUGCAUCCUUGCUGCUCUGGGCGGAACAAUGAGCGUAAUUCUCGGGCUGUCGUCCGCCAUCUCCAUCGUCAUCUCGGCAGCUGUCUCCAUCAUAUACACGUUCCUGGGAGGUCUCUACUCGGUGGCAUAUACUGACAUCAUCCAGCUGUGUUUCAUCUUUGUCAGCCUGUGGCUCUGUAUUCCUUUUUUGUUGCUCAGUCCUGCAGUUACUGACAUCACACCAACGGCCCACCUCAACCAAUCAAGCGGACAUGCCUGGCUAGGGGAGCUGGAGCUGGCAGAUGCUGGAAAAUGGGCCGAUGACGUGCUGCUAUUGGCUUUAGGAGGACUGGCAUAUCAAGCUCUAUACCAGAGAAUCCUCUCUGCGGCCUCCUCUGCUCAGGCUCAGAUCACCUGUUUUGCUGCGGCUGGGACAAUUUUUAUAAUGGGAAUCCCUUCUGUUGUCAUUGGAGUUGUGGCUGCUUCUGCAGACUGGAACCAGACACGGUAUGGUCUACCUCCUCCUUUUGAGCGAGGGGAUGCAGGGAAGAUCCUGCCACUUGCCCUGCAAAACCUCACACCCACCUGGGUCUCAGUGUUAGGCGUUGGUUCUGUGGCUGCAGCAGUUAUGUCCUCCAUGGACUCUGUGCUGCUGUCAUCAGCAUCCAUGUUUACACAAAACAUAUACAAGACAACUUUGAGGAAGCAGGCGUCGCAGAGGGAGCUGCAGUGGGUGAUCCGCCUUAGCGUGUUGCUGGUGGGCCUGGCAGGAACAGGCCUGGCCUUUGGUGAUGACAGCGUGUUCUCUCUCUGGAUACUAAGCGGGGACCUCGUCUACUGCAUCAUCUUCCCACAGCUGGUCUGUGUGCUGCACUGCCGUUGUGCCAAUACCUACGGUGCUAUGAGUGGCUACGUAGUAGGUCUGCUGCUGCGUUUGAUGAGUGGGGAGCCAGUGCUCAGGAUCCCUCCCAUCCUCCUGUACCCCGGCUGGAGGGAGGAGAACGGAGUCAUCAAACAGUACUUCCCCUACAGGACUCUGGCCAUGCUGUCCUCUGUGAUAUCUGUUGCCGCAGUGUCCUGGCUGGUGGAGCUGGGUUUCAGUAAACAACUCAUUCCCCAAUCCUGGGAUUUACUGCGAGUGUUUGAAGAGAAAAUAGAGACAGAGGGAGAGGAGAUACCUGUCCACUGCGAGGAGGACGAUAGUGCUCGUAAUACAAAAUUCUAAGCUAAUUCAAGUACAAACCUCAAAGUGUACCUAAACCUGCACAAUCUCUGACCACAGGUAUGCUGAGAGGGAGUCUUUGAGGCAGCUGAGUCAUUCAGUCACUCUUUUUGUAAGAUUAUUUUUUGGCAUUUCUGUUUUUAUUAGAUAGAUACAGUGGACAGAGACAGUAAAUGUAGAGAAAGAGAGCAGGGGAAUGACAUAUAGGAAGGGUCCAUCCCAGCUAGAAAUCCACCAGGGGGAUUCGCUGCUUGAGGGCAUUUGCGCCCAUGUUGUAUUCAUGCUGACCACUAACGUCUCUUUGAAACAAAUUGUUGCAGAGUCGCAUAUAAUUCCAACUGAGAUUUCAGAACUUUAGUCUUGUCUACUCAAACUUUUUUAAGCAAGUCCAACUCGUUGCAGGUGAUGCCAUUUUAGUGCAUUCACCAGUUUAACACUUUCUAAGAGGCAGUUUUGCCUCUUUGCAUUGUUUAAGCGCUGAGAGCACAAAGCUUUAAAGCAGUUAAAGAUGCAGUACUUGAGUACCCUGAGUGUUCCUCAGACUCUCACAAGAGGUGCCUUUUGGUAUAAGUGUUUACUGUUUUACUCUUUCGAGGGAUCAUUAUUUAAGUGCCAUCCAAAUAGAGAAUUACACUUGAGUCAUUCCUUCUUAAAUCAUCUGAUUUUUAGAACAAUUUCUGCUCGACCAUCUCUGACUUGCCUGUGUUUUUUUUUUUUGUAGAAAUUUGUCAAACGCUUUAUUAGAAGACAUUUCAACCCACUUUCAACAGGCUAUUUUGCACAUUGAAAUUUGAGGCACAGUUUGAAUGACAAUAUCUCAGAAAAUAUUAAAGAUAAAGACCAGCAAUUUUCACCUUUUUUUUCGCAACAUGUCAUUGAUUCAGAAUUCACAAAAUUGGACAAGCAGAUCAAAUGAUCUCUGAAUAUGGGUGAGCUGAAAGAAAUGAAGCUGUCAUGGAACCUUCCAUCUCUGAGCACACAUUAAUAAAGACGCUGAAGAUGCAGAACCUAACUAAGGAUAUUUUCUGAGCCCCAUGUAGUUGCAUUUCACAAUAAUAUAAAACAAGACUUUUUAAUAUGAAAUACUUGGUCAGAAAACAUUUGAAAAGUUAUUUUCAUAGCUGAUUGAGCAAGUUGCACCACAGAAACAAAAAUAUCACUGUCUGAUCCAAGUUGAAAAGAGAUCUGGAGUUUCAAAAAUGGUUCUCAAAAUAUCACUAAAAUAAAUACAAAAAUUAUAAGGCCAUAGAUGGAAUUUUCUGACCCCACUUUAUAUGCACAAACCUUAGUAUGGAGGAGACCUGUUAUGGAGUUUUGUGUAAUUUCUUUGGCAAUUAUCACUGCAUUAGGACAUGAGGAUGCUAUCAGCAUAAAAUUAUGUGGGACAAUUUGUCAUUCCUGUUUUCAUUAUUUUGAUGAAGUUUUUCAUAUUAAAAAGUAUCCACUAUGUUUUGUGUUGUAUUCCUGUGACAUGCAACUACAUUUGAUUCAGAAAAUAUCAUUAAUUGAUGUCUGCAUUAUCAUUUUUAAUCAUUUUUAAUGUGUUCCAACUCACCUUUAAUCAGAGAUUAUUUGAUCCACUUGCGGAUUCCGAAUCAAUGGCUUAAAAACAAAAAACACUGAAAAAUUCAGGCUUUUAUUUUUAAUAGUUCCUCAGAUAUUGCAUUCAAACACAGCCUCAAAAAAACCCAAAAUAAAAAACCAAAAAACAACAUGCUGAAAGUGGGUUAAUGGGAAAUUUAAAAAAUAAAAUCUGGGAAAGUAUCGGAUAUAUCAGUCCAAAACUUCACAGAUACCAUUUUAAAUGUCUAUAGUUUAUGAUAAAAACAAAAGUUUUAGGCAAAUCAAAGAUGGUCAGGCAGAAGGCCCCUACUGAUUUGAGAUAGAUAGAUGGUUUGUUAUUGCAAGUGUUCAUAAAAAUGAAGGAUGUCUCUAAUCUUUACACUCCAUAGAUUCUCGGUGUUGGUGUGUUCGUGUGUGAAAAAGGCAUGAAACGGUGCCAAAAUACAAGCUCUGUGCGUUAUUUAAAUUACUCGAGUGACUUGCUUUUUUUUAAUCUUAAAUGACAGCUAAUAUUAUUUUUUACCUACAAUAUUUACAUCACUGAAAAGUAUUUACCUUUUGUCGUCUCAAAAGCAAUGACUUGACUUCAUGUUUAGUAGUAUUUUGCACAUUUGAAAUCACAACCGUAAUAUGUCCACUGCAGCAGCAGGGGGCGACACCUAAACACUGAAAGGCCCUAAAAGGCGCUUCACCAGACAUGAGGUGGUAAUUCCCCUUUCCCCCCUCACUCCCUCCCAAAAACUGAAAUAAAGGAAAAAGGAAAAAAAAAGAAAUCCACAAAAUUGCAGCUUAAAUCCACGCACACACACUCACACAUAAAACAGUUUGUUCAGUGUCAGUCUUGCAUAGUUGCAUAUCCAUUUUUUCCCAACCAUCUCAUUAGAGGAUGAGUUAAAAAAUAUAUCAAACUGCAAUUUUAAAGUGAAUAAAAAAAGAGGUUUUGUUUGUCCAAUUUGUUCAGUGCCAGUCACCCACGGUUACACAGAUAUUCCAUCCACUCUGGAUGUUGUUUUGUUUCCUACACUUCACUUGUCUCCUGCAUGUAACUUAUUGCAUGUACCUGUAAUUAUUACACUUCUGUGCAAAUAAAUAACUCCUCUGAUUUCA